AUGGAGCCUGUUGUCAGACUGGUGGGAGGAGAGAGUCGCUGUGCAGGAGACCUGGAGCUGAAACAUCUGAGAGAAUGGAGAACAUUGAACCAUAACGCUCUCUGGAACCUGAAGACUGCAGCUGUUGUCUGCAGAGAGCUUGACUGUGGCUCUGCUGUUUCUGUGGGAGAGAGAGAGGUGUCCUCACAUAGACUUGUGUGGGACAUCAGUCUUACCUGUGUUCAGUCUGGAUCUGCUCUGAGGAAUUGUGCAGAAUCAUUUUCCACUGGCCAGAUUGUGACUCUCACCUGCUCAGACUCUGUCAGGCUGGUGAAUGGGACCGGUCUGUGCUCAGGUAGACUGGAGGUGAACUCUGACCAGUCUAACCCGUCCUGGUCCUCAGUGUGUGAGGCUGACUUUGACCAGCAGGAUGCUCAGGUGGUCUGCAGGCAGCUGGGCUGUGGGGCUCCUUCAGUCCUCCAGGGGGCGCUCUAUGGAGAAGGGGAGGCUCCAAUGGGGACCAAAGAGUUCCAGUGUGGAGGCCAUGAGUCUGCUCUCCUGGACUGUAGCUCAGCCUCAGAGAGAAACACCUGCUCACCUGGCACAGCUGUUAGCCUCACCUGCUCAGAGCCUGUUGUCAGACUAGUGGAAGGAAAGAGUCGCUGUGCAGGAACUCUGGAGGUGAAACAAGAGGGAGAAUGGAGACCAGUGUGGGGCUAUACCUCUCUCAGCCCUUACCGUUUCUGGACCCUGAAGACAGCAGGUGUUGUCUGCAGAGUUCUCUACUGUGGCUCUGCUGUUUCUGUGGGAGUGAGAUAUGUGUCCUCAUAUAGAUCUGUGUGGGGGAUCAGUCCUGCCUGUGUUCAGUCUGAACCUGAUCUGAGGGAGUGUGCAGAAGCAAGUGCCGCUGCCAAAUUCGUGACUCUCACCUGCUCAGGUAAGCCCAUCAGUGACACCACCAAUGACAUCAUCUCUCACAUCUUCUAA